AUGUGCCAAAGCGCUGUGGGGACGGGCUCACAGAGGUCACGGGCUCACAGGUGCCACAGAGGUCACGGGCUCACAGAGGUCACGGGCUCACAGAGGUCACGGGCUCACAGAGGUCACGGGCUCACAGAGGUCACGGGCUCACAGGUGCCACAGAGGUCACGGGCUCACAGAGGUCACAGGCUCACAGAGGUCACGGGCUCACAGGUGCCACAGAGGUCACGGGUUCACAGAUGUCACAGAGGUCACAGGCUCACAGAGGUCACGGGCUCACAGAGGUCACGGGCUCACAGGUGCCACAGAGGUCACGGGCUCACAGAGGUCACGGGUUCACAGGUGCCACAGAGGUCACGGGCUCACAGAGGUCACGGGCUCACAGAGGUCACAGGCUCACAGGUGCCACAGAGGUCACAGGCUCACAGAGGUCACAGGCUCACAGAGGUCACGGGCUCACAGGUGCCACAGAGGUCACGGGUUCACAGAUGUCACAGAGGUCACAGGCUCACAGAGGUCACGGGCUCACAGGUGCCACAGAGGUUACGGGCUCACAGAGGUCACGGGUUCACAGGUGCCACAGAGGUCACGGGUUCACAGAGGUCACGGGUUCACAGAGGUCACAGGCUCACAGGUGCCACAGAGGUCACGGGCUCACAGAGGUCACGGGCUUACAGAAGUCACAGGCUCACAGAGGUCACGGGCUCACAGGUGCUACAGAAGUCACAGGCUCACAGAGGUCACAGGCUCACAGGUGCCACAGAGGUCACGGGUUCACAGGUGCCACAGAGGUCACGGGUUCACAGAGGUCAUGGGUUCACAGAGGUCACGGGCUCACAGGUGCCACAGAGGUCACGGGCUCACAGAGGUCACGGGCUCACAGAGGUCACAGGUGCCACAGAGGUCACGGGCUCACAGGUGCCACAGAAGUCACGGGCUCACAGAGGUAAUGGGCUCACAGGUGCCACAGAGGUCACGGGCUCACAGAGGUCACGGGCUCACAGGUGCCACAGAGGUCACGGGCUCACAGAGGUCACGGGCUCACAGAGGUCACGGGCUCACAGGUGCCACAGAGGUCACGGGCUCACAGAGGUCACAGAGGUCACGGGCUCACAGAGGUCACGGGCUCACAGAGGUCACGGGCUCACAGGUGCCACAGAGGUCACGGGCUCACAAAGGUUCCAGAGGUCACGGGCUCACAGAGGUCACGGGGUCACAGGUGCCACAGAGGUCCCACCGCACUCGCCACACAUCCGUCACGCCGCAGAGAGCGCCGCUGCCCCCGGUGGUGACGGAGGAGAAGGCUCUCAGUUAAUCACGGAACAACGGGAGGACGCCGCGGUGGGAGCGGUGAGGGAUGCGCCGCGCUCAGGCCCAGGCCCACGUUUAAUUGCCUUUCAGAUAAUCUCAUGCCUCUUCAAAGGAUCCCGGCGGUGA